AUGGCAUUUUUCUUCAUUGCUAUCGUUGGAGAAAAGAAGAUGAUUAAAGUUGCAUACCGCGCACGCUCUCUACUUGAACUGGCCAACCCCCACGGAGCACGCAGCACGACCACCUCCAGACUCCAGCAGCGGGCCAGAAGCUUUCCUCCGGCACCCGUUCGGCCAUCCCGCCAACCCUACCGCCGCAGUCCCCAAAAUGCCACUCGCGCCAUCAACACACCCGCGCUGCCGCCCAACCCGGCCCUCCCCUCGCCGUGGUGGGGGCGGGGCGGCCGCGGGGCGCUCCUGCGCGCCCGCGCCGUCCGCGCGGCGCCGCGGCCACCGAGCCAGUGGUCCGUCGGGAGCUGGCGGGGCCGCCCGGCGCUGCAGCAGCCCGAGUACCCGGACAAGGCGGACCUGGGCGAGGUGCUGCGGACGGUGGAGGCGUUCCCGCCCAUCGUCUUCGCCGGCGAGGCGCGCACCCUCGAGGAGCGCCUCGCGGAGGCCGCCGUCGGCCGGGCCUUCCUCCUCCAGGGUGGUGACUGCGCCGAGAGCUUCAAGGAGUUCGACGCUAACAACAUCAGGGAUACCUUCCGCGUCCUCCUGCAAAUGUCCGUCGUGCUCAUGUUCGGAGGCCAGAUGCCUGUCGUCAAGGUGGGAAGAAUGGCAGGUCAGUUUGCAAAGCCAAGAUCAGAUGGUUUUGAGGAGCGGGAUGGAGUGAAGUUGCCAAGCUAUAGAGGGGGCAAUAUCAAUGGGGAUGCAUUCGAUGAGAAGUCAAGAUUGCCAGAUCCACACCGCAUGAUAAGUGCCUACUCACAGUCUGCAGCAACGCUGAAUCUGUUGCGGGCGUUCGCAACUGGAGGUUAUGCUGCAAUGCAGAGGGUAACGCAAUGGAACCUUGAUUUCACAGAGCAUAGUGAACAAGGGGAUAGGUACAUGGAAUUGGCUCACCGAGUUGACGAAGCUUUGGGGUUCAUGUCAGCUGCUGGACUCACUUUAGAUUACGCUAUAAUGACAACAACAGAAUUCUGGACGUCACAUGAGUGCCUUCUUCUGCCUUAUGAGCAAGCACUCACACGCGAAGACUCCACCAGUGCUCUCUAUUAUGACUGCUCUGCCCACUUCCUAUGGGUCGGUGAGCGCACUCGCCAGCUUGAUGGUGCUCAUGUGGAGUUCCUUCGAGGCAUUGCCAACCCUCUUGGUAUCAAGGUUAGUGACAAGAUGGACCCAGCAGAACUUGUACGGUUGAUUGAUAUAUUGAAUCCCGAAAACAGGGCUGGGAGAAUAACCAUCAUCACAAGAAUGGGACCUGAAAACAUGAGGGUGAAACUUCCACACCUGAUACGCGUCGUCUGUGGGGCCGGCUAG